AUGUCGAACAUGAUUCGUCCACCAAUCAUCCUUCUUCGUGAAGGUGUUGACCAGUCUCAAGGUCUUGGCCAAUUAAUUUCAAACAUCAAUGCUUGCCACGCAAUUGGUGAAAUCCUUGCCUCGACACUUGGCCCACGUGGUAUGGAUAAACUCAUUCAUAACAGCAACAACCGUCGUGCUAUUGUUACAAAUGAUGGCGCCACCGUCAUGAAAGAGCUCGACAUCGUUCAUCCAGCUGCUCAAUUAUUAGUUGACGUUGCCAAAUCACAGGAUGAAGAAAUCGGCGAUGGUACAACAUCAGUUAUCGUUUUAUCAACAUCAUUACUCGAUGCUGCUAAAGAUUUCCUCGAAGAUGGUGUCCAUCCACAGUUCAUUUGCCGCUGCUACAGAACAGCACUCAACGCUGCUCUCAAGAAGCUUGACGAAGUCGCAGUUACAAUUGAUGGCUCUCAGCGCGAAGUUCUUGAACAAUGCGCUGCUACAACACUUCGUAGCAAACUCGUUUCCGAUUCUCGUUACUUCUUUGCUCCAAUGAUCGUUGAUGCCGUUCUUCAGCUCGAUGAGGACAUGAGAUUAAACGAUCUUGGUGUUAAACUCGUCAAAGGUGGCUCCCUCCAGGACUCCUUCUUCGUCCCAGGCGUCGCUUUCGAACGCACAUUCUCAUACGCCGGUUUCGAACAGCAGCCAAAGCAUUUCAAGAAUCCAAAGAUCUUACUUCUCAACGUCGAGCUCGAGCUCAAGGCUGAAGGCACAGGUGCUGAAGUUCGUGUCGAGGACGCCAAGGAGUUCCAGGAAGUCGUUGAUGCUGAAUGGGCAAUCAUCUUCCGCAAGCUCAACGACUGCCUCAAUUCCGGUGCCAACAUCGUCAUCAGCAAGAAGCCAAUCGGUGAUGUCGCCACACAGUUCUUUGCCGACCACGAUAUCUUCUCAGCCGGCCGUGUUCCAGACGAAGACUUCAACAGACUCGCCAAGUGCACAGGCGCCAGCAUUCUCUCUACAACAUCAAACAUCGAAGCCAAGAACCUUGGUACAUGCGCUGAUUUCGAAGAACGCCAAGUUGGCUCCAAGAGAUUCAACAUCUUUACAGGCGGCAAUGGCCGUGCAGCUACAAUUGUCCUCAGAGGUGGUGCUGAACAGUUCCUCGAGGAAGCCGGCCGUUCAAUCCACGAUGCCAUCAUGAUUGUCCGCCGCGCAAAGAAGGCCCAGCGCAUUGUCGGUGGUGGUGGCGCCAUCGAAAUGGUCAUCUCCAAGCACUUACACGAGAUCGCCCUCAAGAUGGACGGCAAGGCACAGCUCAUUGUCGAAGCAUUCGGAGAUGCACUCGAAGCAAUCCCAAGAUCACUUACAAACAACGCUGGUUUCGACUCAUUCGAGACACUCAACAAACUCCGCUCUGCCCACGAGAAGGCUGACGGUGUUUGGGCUGGUGUAGACAUCGAAACAGGCGGUGUACUCAACGCUGUCGAGAACUUCAUCUGGGAGCCACUUGUCGUCAAGAAGAACGCUCUCAAGGCUGCUUGCGAGGCUGCCUGCACAAUCCUCUCCGUCGAUGAGACAGUUCAGAUCCCACAGCACGAGACAACAUUCGACCCAGGUCUCCCAGGACAGUCUGCCGUUAGAGGCCGUGGUGGAAUGCCUGCUCCAGGUGCUGGAAUGCCAGCUGGAGGUCUCCCCGGAAUGCGCUAA